GAGAAAACGAUAUCGCCACACCCGCGACCGCACCCGUCGCGUAACCGAGUCUGAUCCUGAACACACCGUCAUGCGGACGUUCGCAAUCCCGACGCUGUUCCUCGCCCUGGUCCGUCUGUUCCCGUUCGGGACGCAGGCCGCUGGCUCGGGGUACGCAACUGCGCACAGGUUGCCGACCGACACGCGACCCGAGUCGUAUGAGCUGCGUUUCGUGCUGCCGGACCUCGACGGGACCGAAUCCACGUUCGCCGGCGUGACCAAGAUUACUGUGGCCGUGCUGCGGACGGUCGACGCGAUCACGUUGAACCUAAAAGACCUGGAGGUGACCAACGUUACGGUGACAGACGUCAAGCUAUGCAGGGACGUGGUAGUUCGUGAACUGGAAUAUCGGUCUGGCGACGAGCAAUUGGAAAUCCGUCUCGGGAGGCCGGUGCUCGCGGACCGGAACUACUCAGUGACCGUGUCGUACGGAGGGAGGAUCCGGACCGACGACACCGGGCUGUACAAGAGCUCCUACGCGGAAGGCGACGCGAUCAAGUGGUUGGCCGUGACGCAGUUUCAACCGGUGUACGCGCGGAGAGCGUUCCCGUGUUACGAUGAGCCCGCGUACAAAGCCGUCUACGACGUGUCCGUGGUGAAAAAGAAGCAUCAGAUCGCCCUGUCCAACAUGCCGGUACGGGAGAUAGUGCCCGGACAAAACGGUACGGACGUGGUAUACUUUGAGAGUACCCCGCCAAUGUCGAGUUAUUUGGUAGCCAUUUAUGUGGGCGAAUUCAUUCCGAACCGCUUUGAUUCACAAAUAACGAUUUACACACACAAAACAUACAUCAACCAAACCAGUUACAUCGGGGCCGAAGCUCCAAAACAUUUAAACGCGUUGUCGGACUACACGGGCAUCAAGUAUACUCUUCCAAAAAUGGAUCUUUUAGCUGUACCUGAUCUAAGUUUCGGAGCAAUGGAAAAUUGGGGAAUUAACACUUACCGAGAAAAGUAUCUGUUGUUGCACGACGAGACGAAAACAAAAAUGAAAAUGACCGCAUCGAUAAUUGUGCAACACGAGUUCACGCACCAGUGGUUUGGUAAUCUAGUGACCUGCGCAUGGUGGGAUUAUACGUGGUUAAACGAGGGUUUUGCGGAGUACUUCCAAUACUUCGCUACAAAACUGGUAAGACCAAAUUGGCCGGUUGAAGAAAUGUUUUUGAUCGAAGCGCAUCAGAGUGCGUUGUCAUACGACCAGGAGCCCAGGCAUCCGAUUACUACAUCGGUAAACACUCCCGAUGAAAUCGAUAGCGUAUUCGACUGGAUAACCUACAAGAAAGCGGCGUCAGUUCUGAGGAUGUUGAGAUACUUGGUAACCGAAGAAUUAUUCCAGUUAUCACUUCGCAAUUAUUUGAAUAAAUAUAGAGAGAAAUAUGUGGCGAAGCCAAUGGACUUGUUCGCAUCGUUCGACAGUACGUUGUGCGAUGAAAACUAUACAAUCGGAAACGAUCUGUCGGUUCACGUAUUCAUGUCUAAUUGGACAUUGCAGUCGGGAUAUCCUGUGUUGAAGAUCGCCAAAAAUGAAACAUCGAACACGUAUUCAGUGACUCAAAAUCGAUUUCUGAUCGAACUGGCCGACGGCGGGAGCAUAGACGACGGUGCGGCGUGGCAUGUUGGCCUUACGUUCACCACCGAAAGGGACAAGAACUUCACUCGCACCAGACCGUUGUUUUGGACGGACAGGAUAUCGAAAUCGACCGAGGUACCGGCGCCCCCGAACUCCGGAUGGUACAUCUUCAACGUACGGUCCAUCGGUUUUUACAGGGUUAACUACGACAUGGACAACUGGAUAGCGCUAAUCGAGCAGCUAAACCGAUCGCCCGCCGACAUCCACGUGCUCAACCGCGCCCAGCUGAUAUCCGACUCGUUCAACUUGGCGCGGGCCGGACACUUGAACUACACGGUUCCGCUGCUCCUGUCCAAAUACCUGAGAAACGAGAACAGCGUCACGCCGUGGUACUCGGUCAAGGAUUGUUUUUCCUACCUGCUGGAACACAUGUCCUACGGUGUGAACGGGCACGAAGCCCUGAAAGCGUACGUCAGUCGAUUGGCCGGGAUAGUUUACAACAAGCUGGAGACGCAUGUGACGAGCGGAGAUGAUGGGUACUACGUAAAAAGUGCGUGGGACGCUUUCUCGAAGUGGGCAUGCGAGUUGGACAACAAGGACUGUACGACCAGAGCGCUGGAAUAUUUCAACAAGUGGCAAACGGGAGAAAGAAUACCGGCCGAUGUUAAGGACGCGGCUUUUUGUGCGGGCAUAAGGAACGACCCUGACACCAGUACCUUUGACAAAAUGUUCAGCUUGUACACGACCACCACUUCAAUUUCGGAGAAAACGUCCGUUGAAUCGGCUCUAGGGUGUUCCGCGAACAGGACUCAAUUAUACCGGUUCAUCAAUCAUAUAUUGGAUGGACCACAGGGACCAAUUAAAGUAAAAGACUUUAAAUCGGUCAUAGCAUCCGUCGCAUCAACUUCGCUGGGUCUCGAUGUGCUCCACGAAUUCUUAUCGACGAAUUUAAAUAGAACUUUAAACGAACUACCCAACGGCCAAGAAAUCGCUAAAUACAUAUAUUCAAUACUAGCUACCAAAAUGACUGACCGCGUUCAAAUAGAAAAGUUACAAAAUUUGAAAAAUACCACCAUCAUCCCGGAAUCAGUGAGACAAUCUUUUGAAAAAUCGUUUAAGAAAGUCAAUGAUCGCAAACUGUGGUUGGAAAAAUAUUCAGAAGUAAUUAACCAAUGGAUGCUUGAAAAUCAAGAACCCUUGGAAGAGGAGACAAUUACCACCGCAGCCUCCACAGAGUCCACCAUAACAACUGAAAUUAAGUCCACAGUUUCCUCUAUAACUAUUAGUGCACCGUUUUCGACUGUCAGUCCGAAACCAUCAAAUGCAACGUAUAACGUGCAAAAUUGUCGAACGGUUUUACUAGUUACCAUUUUAUUAUUAAUAGUUAAUAAAUGUAUUCUAUAAAUAUGAAUAAAAAUAACAUACC